AUGGGUAGAGCUCCAUGCUGUGACAAGGCCAACGUGAAGAAAGGACCUUGGUCUCCCGAAGAGGAUGCUGCACUAAAAGCCUACAUUGAAAAGAAUGGAACUGGUGGCAAUUGGAUUGCUCUUCCUCAGAAAAUUGGGCUCAAGAGAUGUGGAAAGAGUUGCAGACUUAGGUGGUUAAAUUACUUGAGACCUAACAUCAAACAUGGUGGAUUUACUGAAGAAGAAGACAACAUCAUCUGCAGUCUUUACAUUAGCAUUGGUAGCAGGUGGUCCAUUAUUGCUGCUCAGUUGCCUGGAAGGACAGAUAACGACAUCAAGAACUAUUGGAACACUAGAUUGAAGAAGAAAUUGCUAGGGAGGCGCAAACAAUCUAACUUCAACACAAAAGACACAAACGGAAUAGAGGAGAACUCUUAUUCAAAUGCCCUAAGCAGUUCAGCCCUUGAAAGACUCCAACUUCACAUGCAACUUCAAAGCCUUCAAAACCCUCUCUCUUUCUACAAUAACCCUGCACUGUGGCCCAAGUUGCAUCCCUUUCAAGAAAAGAUGAUCCAGAAUCUGCAAUCUUUGAAUGAUGGCUCUAACCCUGUGAUGCAAAAUGCUUUGCCUUCACCACAUGUUGAACAAGAUGGUGCAAAGAUUAAUAACCCACAGGUUGCUGAUAUUUUGGAUAAUAUUCCUUUGAAUAACAGAGAAGUUCCCUUUGUUGCUUCUGGGAAUAAUAAUCCAAUGCACUCAAGUCUUACUCCAAGAGCUGAGGCUGUUGAGCAGACUAAUAAUGUGGGACUUCAGCAACUUGGUGCACUGCAAACUGAACUAGAUGACAUUCUCAACAACAGAACAAUGGGUUUACUGGAAGAUCAUCAUAUGGCUGAAUUUGAUUGUUUCAGAGAGAUGAAUGGCUCAAAGGACAACUUAGUUUGGUGGUCCAAUGAUUCUGAUACCAAAUCAGCAUCCUCAAAUUCCUGGGAUUCAUCAACUACUCCAGCUCUUCUAACACAAGGGAUGUUCCAAGAUUAUGAACUGGGCUACAGUCUGUAG